AUGUCUAACUGUUACAAUGAGGUGUACUUCAGACGUUUCAUGAAGGCAUCCACCGGGUUGAUUUGGAACGACGACAACUACUAUAGUUAUGUUAUUUUCACUCUCAGUGGUCUCUCCUCUUUCCGCUCCGGUUUCCAAACUCGUGAUCAACAGAUCCUCUCCAACCCGGAGUUUCUUGCGGAGGGCACCGCCAUCCAGGACCUCUUUGCCCCCGAUCGUGUCCUCAUUGGGGGCCGCGAGACUCCCGAGGGAUUCAAAGCCAUCCAAAAGUUAAAAGACGUGUAUGCCCACUGGGUCCCGGAGGACCGCAUCCUGACCACCAACCUGUGGUCGGCCGAGCUGUCUAAGCUCGCCGCCAAUGCAUUCCUCGCCCAAAGGAUCUCGUCGGUCAAUGCCAUGUCUGCCCUGUGUGAAGCCACCGGUGCUGAUGUCACCCAGGUGUCGUACGCGGUCGGCAAGGACUCAAGGAUUGGGCCCAAGUUUCUGAACGCGAGUGUCGGGUUUGGCGGGUCGUGCUUCCAGAAGGACAUCCUCAACCUGGUGUACAUAUGCGAGUGCAACGGGCUGCCCGAGGUGGCCGAGUACUGGAGGCAGGUGAUCAAGAUCAACGACUACCAGAAGAGCCGGUUUGUGAAUCGGAUCGUGUCGUCCAUGUUCAACACCGUGGCCAACAAGAAGGUGGCCAUCCUCGGAUUUGCCUUCAAGAAGGACACAGGCGACACGCGGGAAACCCCUGCAAUUGACGUCUGCCAGGGGCUGCUGGGGGACAAGGCUCAGCUCAGCAUAUACGACCCUCAGGUGACAGAGGACCAGAUCCAGAGGGACCUGUCGAUGAAAAAUUUUGAUUUGGACCAUCUCCAGGCGAUGAACAAGGUUCGGGAUGCGUACGAGGCAACCAAAGACGCUCAUGCUGUGUGUAUAUUGACCGAGUGGAACGAGUUCAAGGAACUCGAUUUCCAGAGGAUAUAUGACAACAUGCAGAAGCCUGCGUUUGUGUUUGACGGGAGAAACAUGGUGGAUGCAAGCAAGCUGAGGGAGAUUGGUUUUAUUGUUUACUCAAUUGGGAAACCACUUGAUGCCUGGCUCAAGGACAUGCCUGCCGUUGCCUAA